AGGGGAGGUGAAAAGGGAAGUGUUUUCCAGUGCCAGAAAAGUAAACUUCUCACACCACCCUUUCUACUUAGACAUCGCCUGGACAAAUCUCUGCAUCAUCUCAGCUUUUACACCAAAAAAAAGACAAAAUGGCUUUGGUAGCAGAAUAUCUGGGGCAGCUGUGUCUAGUGGUUGGGGAUGAACCCAAAUAUCCCACUGUGGUACCUGUUACGGACUUUGACCCCGACAGAGAUGCUGCCAGAAUAGAGACUGCCAUCAAAACCAAAGGUGUGGAUGAACAGACCAUCAUCGAUGUCCUCACAAAGCGGACCUACUCACAAAGGAGAGAUAUUGCUUUUGCUUAUGAAAAAAGGGCAAAGAAGGACAUGAUCACAGCCCUGAAGGGGGCGCUGUCUGGCUCUCUGGAAACAGUGAUUCUUGGACUGAUGAAGAGCACAACGCAGUUUGACGCCUCAGAGAUCAGAGGAUCUAUCAAGGGUUUAGGAACAGAUGAAGAAACCCUCAUUGAAAUUCUGUGCUCUCGCAGCAGCAAUGAGCUGGUGGAGAUUAAGCAAAUCUACAUGGAGUUGUUCAAGAAGGAACUGGUGAAAGACGUGUCAGGUGACACUUCUGGGCAUUUUCGUGAUCUGCUCCUUGCUCUGGUGCAGGCAAAAAGACAAGAACCAUCGUCUGUGGUAGACUAUGAAAAAAUUGAUCAAGACGCCAGGGCACUGUUUGAAGCUGGGGUGAAGAAUAAAGGAACUGAUGUGGCCACCUGGAUCUCCAUCAUGUCUGAGAGGAGUGUACCCCACCUGAAAAAAGUGUUUGAGAGGUACAGGAGUUACAGCCCCUACGACAUGCAGGAGAGCAUCGAGAAGGAAGUUAAAGGAGACUUAAAAAACUCCUUUCUGGCACUAGUCCAGUGCUUUGAAAACAAACAGGUGUAUUUUGCCACCAGACUGAACCAAGCCAUGAAGGGUAAAGGAGCCAAAGACAAGAUAUUGACCAGAGUUAUUGUGUCACGCUGUGAGGUGGACCUGAAGAAGAUCUGCUCUGAAUUCAAGACUCAAUUCGGACAGUCCCUGCAAAAGACCAUCAUGGAACACACUAAAGGAGAUUAUCAGAAGGUUCUGCUUGGCCUGUGCGGACCAGAGCAGUAAAAGUGGACCAUGAGUAUGAGAAAAGCCAUCAGAGGAGAGCUGGGCUUAGAAAUAUUCCAGAUGAAAAACAGACAUUCCUGCUUUUUGCAUUCAAGGAGAUACAUUUAUAUUUCUUAAACAUGAAGACUCUGUAUACGCUUCUAUCCUACUUCCAUUUAAACAGAAAUAAAGUUGCUCUACUGGAGUUUAGUCCCUUA